AUGAAAAUUUUAUCUUGCGGAAUUAGGCCUUUAAGCAAUUCUAUGAGUCAUAAAGUACCAGUUACAGCUAUAUUAGAUUACUGUGCUAAUUGUAAUAUUAUAGGGAUCCUUUAUGAAAUAAAUCUCUCUUUUCAAUCCAAAUAUAAUGAAUUAAAGCAAGUAGAAGUUACUGAUGUUUUCAUUACCAAUAAACCUGAACUUGAAUCUGUACUAAUAUUAGAUCAGCUGUGGUUCCAGGAAAAUGCAAUGAAAGUAGACUUCCCAAAUAAAACUCUUACAUUACUUGAUGGAACUAGUUGCGAGGUUAAGUAUAAUUGA